UUGGAAAACACACUCAUGAUAUCAGUUUUCUUCUUUCUGUCCCCUUCCAGGUAUAUCUUGUCAAUUGAAAAUGAGGAGGAGAUCCGAGAAUAUGUAAUUGACCUCAUCCAGGGGACUGAUGGGAAGAAAAGUCAGUUUAUAGAAGAGCUGGUAACCCGAUGGAGAAAGUCUUCUCAGCCGGCUUCCAACCCUUUGCCAAUGUAUAGAAAAAGAGACGAGGUUUCAGAUAUGCACCCAAUGGGAGAUCCAGGCAAGAGGGGGCGACGCAAAGGAAGGAAUAAGCAAGAAACAUCUCAGUACGCUGAGCCCAGCCCACCCCCUGAGGACGUCAAAACGCCACUUGAUCUGGCCAAGGCACAAGAGAUGGGCGGUGCUGGCAGCAUCAGCAGCUCCUCCAAGAAAAAGGCCAAAUUCGUCAACCUGUACACCAAGGAGGGCCAGGACAAACUGGCAGUUCUGAUUCCCGGGCGCCACUCCUGUGAGUGCCUUGGCCAGAAGCACAAACUCAUCAAUAACUGUCUGACCUGUGGUCGUAUUGUCUGCGAACAGGAGGGCUCUGGCCCCUGCCUAUUUUGUGGCACAUUGGUGUGCACGAAGGAGGAGCAGGACAUCCUGCAGCGGGACUCAAACAAGAGCCAGAAGCUGCUGAAGAAGCUCCUGGCAGGUACCGAGAGUUCUGGGCAGAUGGGCACCCUGAGCAAGGACCUGCUGCCUCGUCAGGAAGCUCGGCUUAAGGCAGGUCUGGAGACAGCUGUGAAACACAAGGACAAGUUGCUGGAAUUUGACAGAACGAGCAUCCGCCGUACCCAGGUCAUUGAUGACGAGUCGGAUUACUUUGCGACAGACUCCAACCAGUGGCUGUCCAAGCAAGAGCGUGCGGUGCUGCAGAAGAGAGAGGAGGAGCUGCGGGAGCUGCGCCAUGCUUCUCGACUGGCCAGAAAAAUCACCAUUGACUUUGCUGGCAGGCUGAUCCUGGAGGAGCAGGACAGCAUGGCUGAGUAUCACAGCAAGCUGGACGAAACAAUCGAUGCCAUUACCUGCGGUGUGUUGAGCAAGCCAUCGAGGAGUCCAGAGGGGAAAGUUGAAGAGAGCUCCGGGCUUCUGGUGAAUCCCCAUCUCCUGCAGCCUGCCCCCUUGUGGGUAGACCAGACCGGCUCGCUCCUGCACAGAAAACCUGCCCAUCCCGCAGAAACUGGGCAGGAGUCUGCCUCUGAAAGGAGCAGGCUACGGAUCCAGGAUCGAGAAUUACAGGAGAUCUCCGAUGACGGCUGGUGUCUCAGCAUGCACCAGCCUUGGGCUUCCUUGCUGGUGAAAGGAAUCAAAAGGGUGGAAGGCAGGACCUGGUACACAUCCCACAGAGGGCGGCUGUGGAUAGCAGCUACUGCUAAGAGACCGUCCUCCCAGGAAAUUUCUGAGCUAGAGGCCUCCUACCGAAUGCUGCUCCGGGCAGAUGUGGAAUUUCCCCGAGAUUACCCUUCUGGGUGCCUCCUGGGCUGCGUGGACUUGGCGGACUGCCUGUCACAAGAGCAGUUCAAGGAGCAGUAUCCGGAGUGGAGCCAGGAGUCUGGGUCACCGUUCGUCUAUAUCUGCACUAAUCCCCAGGAGAUGAUUGUGAAGUUCCCCAUCAAAGGAAAACCCAAAAUCUGGAAACUGGAUUCAAAGAUUCACCAGGGAGCGAAGAAGGGGUUAAUGAAGCAGAAGGCGAUUGUUUGAGCUCCCCACCCAGCAGCCCAGCCCAGCUGCUCUUCAGGGGAGCAGGAGGCUCCGAGCGAAGGUGGACGGUUCAGAAAGGCAGGCACAUCCGUGGGGACCUGAGCACGCGUUACAAUAUCCGAGCGAGGAGAGCUUUGUGCCGUGCUCGCCAAGCGCCCGAGCCCGGCCCCGUCUGGCCCCGGGGAGCCUCCAGGUGGACUCUUGCGUCUUACGAGACCACUGGGGCAUUGGCAGCAGAGGCUGGUCUGAGGGCAAGCUCGGGAGUGCUGGCACCUGCUCCGUCUGCUGGGGAACGAGAGUCAAAGCAGGCCCCAGGCUGGGUCAGAGGAUUCGGAAGCAGGCCAGCAGCGGCUCCUGUCCCAGCAGCACGGAACUGUCCAGGCCUGGUGGUGUCAGUCUCCGCUCCUGGCACCGUGGAGCUGCCUGGCCCAGGCCGUGUCAGUCUCCGCUCCUGGCACCGUGGAGCUGCCUGGCCCAGGCCGUGUCAGUCUCCGCUCCUGGCACCGUGGAGCUGCCUGGCCCAGGCCGUGUCAGUCUCCGCUCCUGGCACCGUGGAGCUGCCUGGCCCAGGCCGUGUCAGUCUCCGCUCCUGGCACCGUGGAGCUGCCUGGCCCAGGCCGUGUCAGUCUCCGCUCCUGGCACCGUGGAGCUGCCUGGCCCAGGCCGUGUCAGUCUCCGCUCCUGGCACCGUGGAGCUGCCUGGCCCAGGCCGUGUCAGUCUCCGCUCCUGGCACCGUGGAGCUGCCUGGCCCAGGCCGUGUCAGUCUCCGCUCCUGGCACCGUGGAGCUGCCUGGCCCAGGCCGUGUCAGUCUCCGCUCCUGGCACCGUGGAGCUGCCUGGCCCAGGCCGUGUCAGUCUCCGCUCCUGGCACCGUGGAGCUGCCUGGCCCAGGCCGUGUCAGUCUCCGCUCCUGGCACCGUGGAGCUGCCUGGCCCAGGCCGUGUCAGUCUCCGCUCCUGGCACCGUGGAGCUGCCUGGCCCAGGCCGUGUCAGUCUCCGCUCCUGGCACCGUGGAGCUGCCUGGCCCAGGCCGUGUCAGUCUCCGCUCCUGGCACCGUGGAGCUGCCUGGCCCAGGCCGUGUCAGUCUCCGCUCCUGGCACCGUGGAGCUGCCUGGCCCAGGCCGUGUCAGUCUCCGCUCCUGGCACCGUGGAGCUGCCUGGCCCAGGCCGUGUCAGUCUCCGCUCCUGGCACCGUGGAGCUGCCUGGCCCAGGCCGUGUCAGUCUCCGCUCCUGGCAGCGUGGGGAAGAGACAGAUUGCGACGCCCGUCUGCUGACCA